UACUCUGAAAAGUGAUCCAACAAGGUUUACUGUCAAAUGUGCUUAUGAGAAAUGCAAGUGGAGACUGCAUGCCUCUUUAAUGAGGAAGAGCACACUAUUUCAGAUUAAAGUCAACCCAUAUCAGCAUACAUGUCCUAGUGUGAAUAGAUCUCAGAGAUUGAGAGCUGCAAAAAGAAGAUGGAUAGCGGAUGCUUCUAUGGCUUGGAUCAAAGCAAAUCUAGGAAUUGGUACAAAGGAAAUUCAGAGCAAGUUGUUAGAGAAAUAUGGUGUGGAGGUGCCGUAUGACAGAUGCUACCAUGGCAAAGAGAUUGCACUUGACAAACUGUAUGGAAAGUAUAGUGAUAGCUUUCAGUUGUUAUAUAGUUUCAAAGCUGAAGUAGAGAGGGCAUCACCAGGCAGUAUUGCGGAAAUUGAGAAGCACACAGUUGAGUACAAGAUGAAUAACAAGAAGUUCUACAAGGAGUGCUUUAGAAGGGUGUUUGUGUGCUUCAAAGCAUGUCAAAAAGGUUUUCUGGAGGGGUGUAGGCCAUACCUAGCUGUAGAUGCUACUGCACUGACUGGUAGGUUCAGAGGGCAACUUGUGGCAGCAUGUGCACUAGAUGGACACAACUGGUUAUUUCCUGUUGCAUAUGGUGUUUUGGAAGGGGAGUCAAUUGAGAGUUGGACUUGGUUUUUUAGCAACCUAAAGAAAGUAAUAGGUCAUCCAGAAGGUUUAGUGAUACAUACUGAUGCUUGCAAGGGAUUGGAAACUGUUGUUGAGGAUGUUUACCCUGGAGUGGAGCACAGAGAGUGCAUGAGGCACUUGGCCCAAAAUUUCAGCAAGAAAUUCAAGGGGAAGUUUUGUGAUGAUAAUUUGUGGCCAUGCUCACUAACUUGUAGCAUCAAGAAACACAACUAUCACUUGAACCAGUUGAAAAGCAAGCCCACAGUAAAGGAAUAUCUAGAGGAACACCACACAAAAACAUGGGCAAGAGCUGAUUUCAAUGAGAUUAGCAAAGUUGACUAUGUCAAUAACAACCUAGCUGAGUCAUUCGACUCCAGAAUCAAAAAAUACAAGAGCCUGCACAUAGUUGAUCUGCUAGACAAGAUUAGGCAGUAUAUCAUGGAGAAGUUGGAGUUAAGAAACAGAUUUGCCUCUGACCAUUUCAUUGGGUACUACAUCAUACCAGCAGUUAUGAAGGUGUUAAUCGAGAAAACCAAAGGUUUGCAAAGGAGUAUAGUGAGGAGAAGCCCAACAGAGGCAGAGGUGACUGCUACUGAUAGUGAGAAGAGAGAAUGGAUGUACCCUGUUGACUUAGAGCGCUGGUCUUGCAGUUGCAGACAGUGCCAGAUCACAGAUAAACCAUGCAUCCAUGCACUUUUCUUUAUCACUGCUCUAAAGAGGUGAAGCAAGUGGGAUAGAUCAGUAUGUGCACAAAUAUUAUUCAGUUGACAUGUUCAGAGCUACUUAUGCUGAGAACCUCCCAGCUCUAGAAGGCAAGCAACAGUGGGACAUUAUAGAUCCUGGAUUCAAAUUGUGUGCUCCUCUUCAACAUAGAGCUCCAGGCAGACCAAGAAAGCAAAGGAUUAGAAGUAGCACUGAAGGAAAAGGCCUUGGUCCUAGGAAGCACAAGUGCAAAAGGUGUGGGAGAUGUGGACACAAAGCCAAGGGCUGCAAACAAUCUGUUGAUCCAGCCUUUGGAGAAGAUGAACAUUGGGGAGCAGACAAUGCAGAUGAUCAUCGUACAGCCAAUGAACCAGCAGAAGCAGAAAUACAACAGGAGGAGGAGGAGGAUGAGACAACACCUGAUGUUCUUCAGCAGCAGAUGGCACCACCAAAGGAGCCAUCACAUGAUGCAUCUACAGGAGCUAGUUGUGCAGUCAGCCCUAGGAAAAAUUAUAAAAGGGCAGCAGCAAGAGGAGCUUCUCCAAGGUGUGUCAAGCAGAAAACAGUUGUGGAACAGGAGCAAGAAAGCAGUGUUCAAAGAGCAGUAGCAGCAGUUGAACCUCCAAACCCAGCCAAGAACACUAGAAGCAAGGCAAUGCUAGCUCCAAACCAGGCCAA